UAAAGCAGACUGGCUGUGUGGGCUUGCGACGUAGCUAGAUCUUGCCAAAUCUUAGGAACAAAUAUGUCAAUCGCUUGUCAAACGGGUCAUUAUACAGACACAAAAGCAAAGAAAAGACCCGGCUCUUAAUGAGAGGGGCUGAGAAAAAGCUCACGAUCGUCUGAAGAGAGUUUCGACUCGUUACUUUGAAAUUUUUGCUUUUUUAGUUCGUGCUGAAUAUCAAACGCAGGAAAUGAAGRCUUAGUGACAGUGAUUCAAGAACUGGGAUUUUGGCCCUGUAAUGAACUGUUCAACACCUCACAAGGAGAGUCAAGUGAGUCGGAGACUGCCAUCGCAUCAGCCCAUUCAUCUCUGAUAUCUUCCUUUGUGUGGAGCGCAGCCUCGUAUUCUUUCACGUGYGUAUUAUCCAAGGAGCUUAACAGACACGCAUAUUCAACAAGCUCUGUACGGAAAGGAAAGCCCGAAAGGAAACCCUCACUCAAAGAAGAAAGUGUGAAAUCUCUUUACAAGCGGUUAGCCUACAUUACUGGAAUUCCAGCCAAAUUCGAAACGGUUUCUGCCUAUGUCAAUAAAAGGACAARUCAUCGACAGACCACAGAAGCAGAACGUCUCAAUGCGCUUGACGCUACAAGACACACUUCACGCUCUACUCCAACUCUUCACCGCCAAAACAUGAUAGUAUUAUUCAUCACAAUAACUCUCCUUCAACUAAGUGUAGCAAAAACUACAACAAUUAAGUUCCAGGUUAAAGAAGAACAAAAUGCUCAWGCUUUCGUAGGAGAUGCUUCUCAAACCGAUCCUCCGAACCGAUUGAUCAAGGGAAAUUUCAAGAUUCGUUUUGCAAUACAAGAUCCAACACAGACUAUUUUUAAAAUCGAUCAGAAAACCGGAAUUUUAAGGACAAAUCAAGUAUUGAAUCGAGAAAAUUUACCGCCUUCUGCAAGAGGAGAUGUAUUUCAGAUUCAAAUCGUUUUCAGCGAUGAUUCUAUGGGCAUCACCGGCGUCUUGCCCACAGAGGUAAGAGUGAUCGAUAUCAAUGACAAUGACCCAAAAUUUCCUACGGACUUCGAAGAGCUACGCAUUUCUGAAUCUGCUCCUCUGAACUCGAGAUUCCAACUUGURCCAGCCACAGAUGCUGAUAUCGGGAAUAAUUCAAUCCAGAGCUAUAGAAUAAUUACGGGUAACGAAGACGGGAUGUUUGCUUUGAAACUUUUGAAGCCGAGCGCAAAUGUCAUGUACUUGUAUCUAGUGAAUGUAAAGCGCCUAGAUCGCGAGACCAAAGAUUUCUACCGUCUUGUCAUAGCUGCAGUAGACGGUGGAACCCCGCUUCCAAGAUCUGCUACUAAGAUACUUAACAUUACUAUYUUGGACUCCAAUGAUCAUAGCCCAGAAUUUACCAAAUUUAAUUACAUUGGGAAAGUGCGUGAAAAUAUGCCGAAUGGAACAUUUGUAGUGCGCGUGGAAGCUACGGAUAAAGACAUUGGUACAAAUGGAAUUGUCCGGUAUUCCUUAGACCCUCUUCCAGAAUAUCAUGGCUUAUUCAGGAUAGAUGAGCGCACUGGUGAAGUAUGGACUAACGCGGUGUUGGACUACGAGAACGACUCCGGAUCCAGAUAUGUUCUAUCAGUGAGCGCAAGGGACCUAGGACCGGACAGCAUCCCAAGUAUGGCUUCUAUAACAGUCGAGGUGAUUGAUGAAAACGACAACAAGCCGGUAAUCAUCGCCCUUCCCGUACAGGCCGUCCUYGAGAGUGGACGAAUCCCCGAGGAUAUUCCCGUAGGGCGUGCCGUAGCCUCGAUCCAGGUCAACGACAAAGACAGCCCUAACAACAGCAUGAUAGAUUUACGUUUAAUCAACCACAAACAUGACUUUCGGAUCAAAACCAUCUUUCCCAAUAGUAACUACCUUCUUGUAGUACAACGUCCUCUUAAUCUAUCAAGAAAGGCGUGGUAUGACAUGAAACUGAYCGCCAGAGAUAGUGGCGUACCUUCACUAAACAGUACUUCUCCYAUCUUCUUCCGAAUCGCAGACAAGAACAGACACGCGCCCAACUUUACUAAAUCUGUCUACRAAGUGAAGGUGGUCGAUGAUGUUAARCCUGGCACRCACAUCGCYAGUAUUGCAGCUUACGACCCUGACACUGAUCGAGAAGGGGACUUGGAGUACUCCAUUAACACUCUUAGGAUGGGAAAUAAGAAUGUCUCCAAUCCAGAGAGGUUUUUUAAAUACGAUAAAAAAACUGGCAACCUGAAGGUGAUUCCAAAACUAUGGUGUUCCUUCACGCCAUCUUUUGACUUAGUCGUCGAAGCCAGGGAUAAUGGACGGGUAAGGAGGCGCGGCAGUGCUGUUGUCAAGGUAACAGUGCUAUGCGCAAAGUAUCAGUAUAAUUUCACCAUCAAGGAGAAUCAGCCYAAGGGGAGUGUAGUGGGUCGUGUGGUGGUGGACCCCCCGUCUCCUGGCAAGAAACUGUCAUUCAAAAUCGUAAACGAUGCCCGGAAGGAUUUCAUCAUCAAUAACGCAAGUGGUUUCAUAACAACYGCUCGAAUGCUGGAUCGUGAAUCCGUAGCAACACACUCCUUGGUUGUCUUGGUUACCGAUGGUUUGAUUGACAUGCGUUUGACUGUUCUUGUUCACGUGGAGGAUGUGAACGACAACGCGCCUAUUUUCAUUGGUCUAAACGACAAUCAUGAGGUGUCGCUACCCUCGACAGCAAAACGAGGCGAUGAAGUCAUUACAGUCAGGGCUACGGAUCCCGAUACGGGGUCUAACGGCCGAAUUCAAUAUACCCUGGAGUCUGGUAACGAUGAUAAGACAUUUAUUCUAGACAAAGACCGUGGCGUGUUGGUUGUCUUUGAUUAUUUAUUUGAACCCUCUUACGAGCUUAAGAUCAAAGCUACUGAUGCGGGAGAAGGGUCCAAGACCGCAUACGUCACGCUAAGGGUUGUGGUCGCUCUUCCAAAGUAUCUGCAAUCGACCUCUCGUCCCUCUAAGGUACCUAUAUACGACACACAGGAAGGGAAUGGGRGCCUCUUGGCGUCGAAAACCAUAUUGAUCGUGGUGAUCCUGUGCUCUAUUGUAAGCUUGCUGGUGGUAGUAGUUAUUGUGGUGGUUGUCAUUCGGUGUUAUCGAAGACAAGGCGAGACCAAGACCCACAAGUGCACGCCUCUCCAACGAGAUUCCAACUUCAGAGAACCUGAAAUCAGCCGCGAAGCCGCCAUUAAAGCUUCGAAACAAAUGUACAGCCAAGCGACGGUGAACAUGUAUGCGUCGAACGAGAUGCUGGAAAUUAAGAAACCCAAGAAUCUAAAGAUGGGUCAAGCGCAACCCUUACCGCUGAAGAGCUCCUUUGCCACCAGUCCAACAGGUGUCAAUGCAUCACCCAGCCAUCGGGUGAACAACCCACCGCCCUAUGCAGAUAUAUACCCGCCAAUAUCUACGACUAGACCAGUAUCUGAGUGCUUUAGCAGUGGCGAUGAGCUGGAUAGUGGUAGAGGAGACAGCUCUCUGCCGUCCAGCCCAUAUUCAUGUCACACUUUGGGGAAAACGAACAAUGACCACACGAAUCAUUACUCGACAUAUAAGCACCCCAAGAGAGACUCGACAAGUUAUAAUCAUUACAACCACCCUGUGGUCACGCUGCCUAACCGCUCACAAAGCGGCAAAAAGAAAACUGUGACGAUUGCUCCAGAUGCUUUGCCGCAUUCUUCUACUAACUUGUGAAAAGAGUUUUUACAUGUUGUUGAAUGCGUGACAUUGCGCACAURUGUGCGCACCAACUAGGACAUGUCACGCAAGUAUAGAGACCCUGCUGGAUUCAACGGUCGUUGCGGGAUGCUUGCUUCAAUUGCACUUUGCGUGACUGACAAAUGUCACGCAACAGACUGUCGUGCUAAGGAAUAUGUUUAUUUAAAGAAGAAGGAGUAGUCCCAAUUUUGCAUAUCGCAAUAGACCACUUGCAUGUGACGUCAAAGGGGCUGAAUUUGGAGGACAAAACAAAAUAAUUUCAAUCUAGAAAGAAUUGGAAACCCAUUGUUAUGUCCUCCAAAUUGAGCUACAUUCCGACGUGCUUCAAGGGGUCUAUACGAGGAUACAGGACUUGCACUGUGAUAAGUAAUAGGUUAGUAAUCAUUGGGUAGUACGUGAAUGUAUCGCAAGUAACUGGCUACGMAUUCUACGUAAGAUUUUCUCCCCGUCUCUUGAAGCAUGUGGCGAAUAUUGAAUAUUAUUAUUUCUCAGUUUAUCUUUCGUAUUUAAAACUUUUAUCUUCGUAUUUUUCAACGUUUUUACUCAACAUUGWUCAAGAGACUCAUUUCCAUUCUAUAUUUUAAAUCCUUUCAUCUUGUUCUUCGAUCAAGCUAUUUUCAUGAUCGUAUUUUUUGUUAAAUUCCGAUCAAAGUGAUCAAACUUUUGCACAUUUUUUGGUACAAUAUCUUUUCCAUUCAAGUUUUUCAUUUGCAUGACAGUGGCUUACGUCAUGGGCUACGUAGACUUACGACACAGGCUACAGCUGACGUCAUUUUAAACUAAAUAAGACUUCGAGCCUUUUAAUAGAAAAACUUAGUAGGAUAUCUUGUCAGUAAAAUUAGUUUGGAUUUUAGUGGGUUGAAUAGGUGUUGGAGGUAGAAAUAGUGGGGAAUGGACUAUGAAAUGGUUUCCAAUUUAAACCAAUCAAAAAUCAGGAAAAUAUAAACCAGCCAAUCAAAGUGAUAGAAGUCGAAAGCCACAUAACUGCGUGUCUCCACAUAACUGCGUGUUUUCGUGUUAGUCAGGGAUUAUAUUCAGUAUAGGUAAAUAUUGGACACUGCAUAAGAUUGAAAAUUGAAAAAA